ACUGCAGAUUCACUCAAGAGAUUAGUCUCCACAUGUCCCAGCUGUAGGAACACGGUCCGACUUUGUAAAGCUCUGGAGUCAGGUUGUUUCUUAAAGGAGGUUUGGUCUUGGGAGGCGGAUCAUUACGCGCUCUCCUUCACUUCUCCAGCCUGCGUGCGCGCCACACUCUGCUAGUACCUUCGUGGCUUGUCACAGUGGAUGGUCGGAGCAGUCCAUCCAGGCUGCAAACAACAUGCCAGGCGAUGGAUUCACCAUUAAAAGUCGCAUCAGAAAGUUGCUGCGUUCUCCAUCCGCCGGACAGAAGAACGGCAAAGAAAAUCUCACCAGCAAGGUGACUUUGGAGAAAGUUUUGGGCAUCACCGCUUCAGGAAACAGUGGUCUGGCCUGCGACCCUCGGUCUGGACUCGUGGCCUAUCCUGCAGGGUGUGUGGUAGUCCUACUGAACCCCAAAAAGAACAGGCAGCACCACAUUAUCAACACUUCAAGAAAAACCAUCACAACUCUGUCUUUCUCCCCCGAUGGCAAAUACUUGGUGACGGGAGAGAGCGGUCACCUACCAGCGGUGAGAGUAUGGGACGUGGCAGAGCGGAGGCAAGUGGUGGAGCUCCAGAAGCACAAAUAUGCCAUCUCCUGUGUGGCUUUCUCCCCCAACAGCAAAUACAUAGUCAGUGUAGGAAACCAGCAUGACAUGAUGGUCAACGUCUGGGCGUGGAAGAAAGAUGUAAUAGUGGCAGCUAACAAGGUGUCCAGCAAGGUGAAAGGUGUGUCCUUCUCUGAGGACAGCUCCUACUUUGUAACAGUGGGGAACAGGCAUGUUAAGUUCUGGUAUUUGGACCACUGCAAGGCCAGCAAGGCCAGCGCUCCUGUGCCUCUACUGGGCCGCUCCGGGUUGCUGGGAGAGCUGAGGAACAACUUCUUCUGCGAUGUGGCUUGUGGUCGUGGCUCUAAAUCUGACUCCACUUUCUGCAUUACCUCCUCUGGCCUGCUGUGUGAGUUUAACAGCAAGAGGAUGCUGGACAAGUGGGUGGACCUACGGACUGGGGUGGCUCAGUCGCUGUCUCUCUCUGAAGAUAUGAUCUUCUGCGGCUGUGCUGAUGGAACAGUGCGAGGCUUCAGCCCUGCUGACUUGCACUUUGUGUGCACACUGCCGCGGCCGCACCCCCUCGGCUCUGACGUCUCUGCCAUGACUGAGGCCAGUCAGCUGCUCAACACCACAGCGGAUGCCCGUUACCCAGACACCGUUGCUGUUACCUAUGACCCCGUCAGCUGCCGGCUCAGCUGUGUGUAUAAUGACCACAGUCUGUAUGUGUGGGAUGUGAGAGAUAUGCACCGGGUGGGGAAGGUGCACUCUGCCCUCUUUCAUCCUGCCUGUGUGUGGGACCUGGAGGUGUUUCCAGAUGUUCCUGGAGAACUGGCUGCUGGUAUGUCAUCAGGUGCAUUCCUUACUUGUUCAGCUGACAACACCGUGAGAGUGUGGCGCAUGGAGGACUGGACACAAACGCAUGUUCAUUCUCCAAACAUCCUGAGCCAAGAUCUUUUGGAUAUAAUCUACAUUGAUGGAAACACUAGUGCCUUGCUGGAUCCAGAGUGUGUAACAAGUGGGAAUGCAGAGGUCAAGUCAGGGGAUGGACAGACAGCAGAAAUCAGGACAGGCAUCAGGACCAUCUGUGUCAGUCCAGAUGGCAAACACCUGGCAUCUGGAGAUCGCAACGGCGUGCUGAGGGUUCAUGAUCUUAGCAGCAUGGAGGAGAUCCUGAAGGUGGAAGCCCAUGAUGCUGAGAUCCUCAGCCUUGAAUACAGUAAACCAGAAACAGGUCUGAAGCUGCUGGCCACAGCCAGCAGGGAUCGUCUGAUCCACGUUUUGGAUGCAGAAGAUGACUACAGCCUGGUGCAAACACUCGAUGAACACUCUUCAUCCAUAACAGCCGUCCGCUUUGCUGCCAACGACAACAAAGUGAGAAUGAUCAGCUGUGGGGCAGACAAGAGCAUCUAUUUCCGCACAGCACACAAGACUGAAAGGGGAACAGAGUUCAGGCGUUCCCACCACGUGGUGAGGAAGAGCACGCUUUAUGACAUGGGCGUGGACGCUGCCUGCAAGUAUGCCGCCGUUGGCUGUCAGGACCGCUGCAUCAGGAUUUUCAACAUCAGCAAUGGCAAACAGAAGAAACUCUAUAAAGGAUCUUUGAGUGAAGAUGGCAGUUUGCUCAGGGUUCAGAUCGAUCCUUCUGGUCAAUAUGUGGCCACCAGCUGCUCCGAUAAAAACAUCAGCAUCUUUGACUUCUACACCGGGGAGUGUGUCGCCACUAUGUUUGGACAUUCUGAAAUCGUCACUGGGAUUAAGUUUACCAGCGACUGCAGGCAUUUGAUUUCUGUGUCAGGGGACAGCUGUAUCUUUGUGUGGAGACUGGCCCCAGAACUGACAAUCACCAUGAGAGAGAGACUGUACCAGCUCAGAGAAAACCCAAACACACCACCCUGCAAGACCCCCAGCCUCAGGCGUGAGGUGUGCAGUGCUCCUGCUCUGGGGGGUUUGUCCUCUGACAGCGACCGCGAGCACGAGGAGGACGACAGAGCGGGGAACGAUGACACCAAUGACCCUGAAGAUAACGCAACCCAUUCUUCUUCUGCCAGCAGCCACGAAGAAGAGGAUACAGGAGGCUCAGAUGAAGGACAAGACUGGGAACUGACAAAGCAUGGAGUCAUUCCUGACUCCUCGAAGCGUCCCCGGAGGCGUUGGUCUCAUCGUAUGGGCUCAUUGGAAGUGAUGGUUAAAUCCAUGCUGGAUCUGAGUCAACUGGAAACCUUUGCUCACAAGAAAAACCCCAGCUCCCCCCUGCAUAACAGAGGGAGACAGAGCAUGCUCAGCUUCCAAGAGCCUGUGAUGGGGGAAAGACCCAGGAGACAUCGACCCUGGUCACACAGCGACUGGCUGUCCUCACACACUUCCAGGGACACCAAGGGGGCUGAUGUGCUCUAUCCUGAAGGAAAGGGGGACAACACAAAUCCGCUGGACAGUGAUUUCUGCAGGACGCAAGGACGAGGGAUCCAUACUGAGAGCCAGGACAGCCUCAGCCCAGACAGUGCUUGCUCCUUGGGUUAUGACAGCAGAGAGCCCAGCCCAGAUCAUAUUUUGGAUGAUUCUGCAGAAGUGGAAUCUCUGAGUCAGGACAGCUCUGAUGAGGAGAAUGAUGAGAAGGAGGAAGAAGAGGAGCAAACGGCAGGAGUGACAAGUAUGGACGAGGCUCUGAGGACGAUAACGGAGGCUGCCGGAUGCAGUCAAGUGGAUUUCCUCAAGCAGAACUUUGAGACGCUGUCAGAGAGCUGCACUACAGCCGAGCAGAGCAGAGUCCCGAGGCUCAGUAUGUCUUCACGCUUCCUGGCCAGAGGACAUAAUAACCGAGAGGUGCCUCUGUUUGCCAAAGCGAAUGGAAAGGAACAAGGCAUCCGCUCUGCUAAGCCCCCAGUGUCAAAAGUGCGGCCCUUGAUGGAAGAUGGUGAAAAUGACGGCCCCGUGUCCACCAGAAACACUCAGGAGACAAAGGCUCCAGAGAGAAGCAGUCCUCCUGCACUCAGACCCCUGAAGAAGACGACUUCAGGGCCCCCCCUCUGGAGGUUUUCUAACCCUCCCCCCAAAGCUUCGCUGUUCCCGGACAGAACGUCGUGUCUCCAGAAAUCACGCUCUGCUCAGGACUUGGACACACGCUCGCUUCCCUCCCCUGUGCCCUCUAGUGACCACAGGGAGUUGCACAAGAGACCUCAGCAGCUUCUCCUGAGUGAUGCCUCUCCCAGACCUUCCUCAUGCUUUUCUUCACACUCCUCUGGGUCCCCACAGUCAUCCCAGUCCCCACUUUCAUGGGAGAGCCCCAAACUCAAGCCCCAGCACUCUUACAUGAAUCCCACCGCUAGCUCUGUAGCCAAAAGCAGCCGAUCCUCCUCUUUUGGAGAUGGCAUCCAGAUGGGCACUCCACCAGGCUCCCCCUUCAUUCCCAAGAGGAGGAGUUUCUCUGUGGAGCUGGAAAUUGAGGCUCCUCUACUUGCUUCAUCUCCUGUCCUGGAGUCACCAUCCUCUGCUACAUCAAAAUCAACCCCUCUACUCUCAAACGCUACCUCCACAACUCCACCUCAUCCUACAGCCACAGUCCCACCAACUUGCUCCACCCAGAAUGUCCCUCCUUCUCGCAUCCCACUUCCUAAGCAGCCUCUCAGCCCUCGGCGCAGCCUCUGCCUGGAGGUGAAGCCAAGCUCGAGCUGGUCUGAAGGCACCACCAGGGCUUCUGCUCCUACAACAGAAACCGAAUAUCACAGCAGAGCUGCCCCCCGAAACAAACAAGGCAGGCAUCUGUCUCUGAGUUUGGAUUCCUGUUUGUCAAGUUUCUUACCUGUGAAACAGAAAAGGCACUCCGUUUCUGAGAGUUCUAAGGAGCCAGGUCAGGCGGCUGUAGCUAAAGAGUGCCCUCUGGUGCCUGAACAGGCCCACACAUCAAGCCCACAACCAGAUCACUCAGUCACCUUGGAAACUUGUAGGCAGGUUGUUACCGAUCUUCACAGCAGUCUGCAGAAAACUGUCAUGUUGUAUACUACGGUACUACAGGACGGCCAACAGCCCAGUGAAGAUCAACAGGAGAUGAGGAGCAUACUGUUCAAGGCACUGCUUACGGUUAAGGAUGAGCUGGACUCGCUGCCUCAUCCCUCCUCACCCGAGUGUGAAGAGCCCCCAGGGGUAAAAGGUGACGGAGAGAAGGCCCUGGCUCUGCUGGAGCAGUACGCUGAGCUGCUGGUGAAGUCUGUGGAGAGGAGAUUAGAUACCAAGACCUGAAGAGAUAGACUGAUGUUUGUAAACCAGGAGGAGAAAGAGAGAUGAAGACUCAAUAGCACUGUAAACUGCACAAUUACUUAUUUGCACAGAAAUCUUUUGGAACUUUAUUUAUAGACUGAAAGCAGAGGAUGUAUCAUUAUAUUUGUAGAAAACAAUAAUAUGGAUGUAAAAUGUAUUUUUUUCUAUGUUGCCUUGUUUUCAUAUUGUCACUGUUCUUCUUUGUCUGUAGAACACCUUUUUAAAAAAAAUCUAAUUUAAUUUGUCGAGUGAAUGUUACAAAGGGACCCGCUGAAGGGACAAAGGGGAUGAAGUCACAUGAAGAGCAGAGGUAGUCCAAAACUACUGAAAGCAUGUGGCUGAAAGAAGACUGCAUGGGUUUAAAAAUAUGUCAGUUUCUGUUAUAGAUGGUUGGUGAUUUAAAAAAAAAAAAUUGUUAAUUAUUGUCACAAUUUUUAUUUUUUUAUUAUUAUUUUUAAGCCAAGUAAAUAGGAAUGUAAAUAGAGAUAUAUGAAUGUGAAAGUGCUGAGAUGUUUUCAGUUUUCAAUGAAUUUGUUUAUUAUAUCUGUAAGAUAAAGCUAAUCAUUAUUUGUUCCCGACAUUCAUAUCCAGAUCAAAAUUCAAGCACUGUAAGUGGAAUCCUUGGCCUAAAUGUGAUUUUAGCUUAAAGGUCUGAAACAGAGUCUACAAUUUACCAGUUUAUAGCUGCGGUAUAUAUAUAUAUAUAUAUAUAUAUUCUCUAGACAAAAUAUAAAAUAAAACUGCCCAAAGCCUGGAUCGGUAUCUUUAGGCCUCACUGUUGUGGGUAAAAAUGUUGAAGUGGAGGUUUAGAGGAGCGAGGACAGAAAUGGUCUUACUGUAGAUUUGAGAUGUUUCCCACGUGAAUGAUCUGAAAGCUUUUAGCUAGAGCUGCUGUAUUUGGGCUACCUCUGUCAGCCAUAUAAUUCAUAUUUUUGUGCUAAUGGUGUUUUUCUUGUAACAGCGUGUAUCAGACAGUGAAUAUCGUUGUUAGUUCCUUUUGUACGUUUGUGAGAUUUUCUUUUUUUCUGAAAGAGAUUUUCUUUUCUUUUACUGUUAUACAGUUUCAUAGUGUUGCUCUGUUAAAAAUAAACAGUCAAAACAA